CCCUCCCCCUCCAUCCAGCACCCGACCCCAUCCAUCUCACCCAGACGACGGCUCCUGUGGCCCUCCGCCCUGCCCUACCCUGCCCCUCACUGGUGUCCCCCCCCUCCACCCUUUCUCCCCCUGCCACCCCAGCAUCCCAUUGCCACCAUGAACACCAACGUGUGCGUGGAGAGCGGCCCCAACCCCGAGGCCCCGGGGCUGCCCAAGGAUAACCACCUGCCCGAGGGGGCCCUGAACAGCCUUGUGGAUUACAACUCGGAGAUGGAGCGCUACCGCUCCUUCGCCACCUUCUACAAGACCAACGGGGGCGCCUUCCCCCAGGCGGCCAAGAUCGCUCGCAUCACCACCCCCAUUUUCCCCAGCGCCGCCGCCGCCGCCGCCGCCCGCAUCGGCAUGUCCCCCUGGAACUGCGAUACCGCCACGGCCGCCGCCGCCACCGCCAUGCUGUGGGGCAGCGGCGGCGGCGGCGGCGGCGGCAACACGGUCCCCGGCGGCGCGGCUGGUGCAAGGAAAUCCGCCUCCUCCGCCGCCGCCUCCGCCUCGCUGCACGCCGGCAGGAGCAGCCUGCACCAUCGGAACGAGUCCCAGCGGCUGGGCAAGCCUGGCUGCGCGCCAGCCGAGCAGCCCGCCUUGCAAAUGGCAAAUAAUAAUUUCCUCUCCACCUUAUCCCCCGAACACUGCAGACCUUUGGCUGGGGAAUGCAUGAACAAGCUCAAAUGCGGCGCUGCUGAAGCAGAGAUAAUGAAUCUCCCCGAGCGCGUGGGGACUUUUUCCGCUAUCCCGGCUUUAGGGGGCAUCUCAUUACCUCCAGGGGUCAUCGUCAUGACAGCCCUUCACUCCCCCGCAGCAGCCUCAGCAGCCGUCACAGACAGUGCGUUUCAAAUUGCCAAUCUGGCAGACUGCCCGCAGAACCAUUCCUCCUCCUCCUCGUCCUCCUCCUCCCUGGGAGCCGCCGGAGGAGGGGGGGCGGCAGGGGGAGGAGGAGGCGGGGGAGGAGGGGCAGGCAACCCUGCCAAGAAGAAGAGGAAAAGGUGUGGGGUCUGCGUGCCCUGCAAGAGGCUCAUCAACUGUGGCGUCUGCAGCAGCUGCAGGAACCGCAAAACGGGACACCAGAUCUGCAAAUUUAGGAAAUGUGAAGAGCUAAAGAAAAAACCUGGCACUUCACUAGAGGCAUAUGAUAUAACUCUCAAGAGAACACCUGUUCCCAGCGCUGAAGCAUUCCGAUGGUUCUUUUAAGCAGUAAUAUAUCUUAUUUUCAAGGCAGUCCGAAGUGAAUGGCAAGCUAAAGUCUUGUUUUAAGAAACUGCUUAGUCCACCAUUGAAGAAUAUACUCAGAUACUAUUUUCAUUUAUGUAUAGGGGUUUCCUCAAAAACAAAACUUAAACAAUCUGGGAGCCUGGGGAAUUGGCCAGUUUAUUCACAUUCAGUACACUGAAUCUUUAUUUGAUGUAACUUAGCUAUACUAGUGAAGUUGUUGUCUAUUUUUAAAGUGGCUGUAAAAAAAAAAAGUUUGGGUAAACCCCUGCUAUAAAAUCAUGUAUCUUUGAAAAGUAACAUAUCUAUACUUCAUUUUCAAAUAUAUGUGUUUCGGUACUGUAAACUGUACAGAUAGCAGCUUGUAUUUUGUGUGUUUAGACACAAGGAGACAAUCACGUCUGAGCAUCUAUGGAGAUUAACGGUUUGUACACAACAGUGUGGUUCUGCAAGUUAAAUCUGGAGCAAUAAAUUCUAGCUUUAAAUAUUAUUUUGCUGGCUGUUUAGCAGCAGCAGCAGCAGCAGCACUGUUUUACCAUGCAUCCUUCCAUAGAGACUUGAUGCCAAGUUUUACAAAAUUAAAAGAUUAUGUUGCAUCUAGCAAUUACCUUCAGUUGUAUUGUUGUAAGAGGGGAAGACAUAAAAUCUAAAAUUAAUCUUUCUGAGCACUGUUUUAGAGUAGUGGUUGUGCACUUGCAUUGCUUUCAAAAGAGCUUUACAGAAGGGUAUCCCUCCAAAGUAACACACCAUAGCUAACUUGCUUUUGACUGUGCUGUAAGGUGAAAUGCACAGUAUAGAUGGACAUGCGGAAUCAGUCAUUUUAUAUAUAGCAUGUUCUAGCAUACAAAAUGAAAAGAGUACCAUAUCUGAGAAAAAUCUAUGACUCAAUGUAUUUACCU